GUCGUCAACCAUAGUCGUGUCUCACAAUUGCAGCCUCGUCGCGCAUUAAAUAUCUGAUACGAGAUGUCGUUGCAGCCUGAUUCAACGAGUACCGUCGACGCCGCACAGACAGUACCCCCUACGACCGACGCGCCAGCACCCUUCAAUAAGCCCACCGCCGAUCUCAUCCUCCGUUCGUCGGAUGGUAUGAACUUCCGCGUGCGGAAGGCCUUUCUCGCGGAGGCAUCUCCCGUGUUCGAGGACAUGUUCACGCUCCCUGCGCCGCAAAACCCAGCCGGCAGUCUCCCCGUGGUCCCAAUGACGGAAGACAGUCGCACCCUGGAGGGUUUGUUGCGUCUGUGUUACCCCGCUAGUGAAAUGCCAUUGCGGACGCUGGACCAGGCCGUCACCCUGCUGGACGCAGCGAAGAAGUAUGCCAUGGAUAGCGCGCUGAACUUUCUAGGCGAAAGGCUCGUGUCCUUCGCCGAAAGGUCGCCCAUACAGGUCUAUGCCAUAGCAGUCCGCCACCAGCUGCCGGACAAGGUUAUCAAGGCAGCCCUCAAUGCAUGUCUCAAUCUAAUCGCCCCCACGGCCAAGUUGAAGCGAGUGGUGGACUUCCAGCACAUAAGCGCUUCCGCCUACCUGUCCUUCCUCGACUACCGCGACCGGUGCGCUGUGGCCAUCGAUGUCAGCGUCUUCGGCGACAGCACCUGGAUCGAUUCGAAUAGAUGGUGCUGGUUGACUUGCACCAACGACCUGUGUCAAGUCCACGUCACUCACGGCCCAGUGACAUUCAAGGACAAUAUUUACAAGUCACCUCGGGCAUGGUGGUUCCAGUUACAUAUGAGUUGUUGCCGAAACGGAUUACGAAGUAGGCCUUGUGGGAAAGCCCUAGAGCUCAUUUUCUUCAAUUACGCCGCGGCAGCCUUGAGUGAAGCGGCGAAAUGCAGCCACUGCGGCCCGCGGUCGGUGGCCGACUUGGAGGAAUUCAUGGUCAUUCUAGUGGCUAAGAUAGACGAUGUGGUCGCACAGGUCGAGACAGACAUAGUCUGGUAGCAUGGUGGGCACGGACCAUCCUGCAGAGGCCGUCAGGCGACUACUAGUAACUGGGAAAGUACAAGACAGAUGGCUAGUUCGAUGAACUCGAAGACACUGAUAGUACCCUGUCCAAAGUCGACAUGAAGCGGUCACGAUGACCAGGGGCGACUAUCGCUGCCACAGCCACGGCUUUCUUGAGGGAGCCAGUCGCCCACCGCUACUUAUCUCUGUAUAGGAUCAUGGAACAGUUGAUGCAGCACGAUGACAGUAGCACCCAGGAUGUCUAAGUCAGAUCUGGUCGCAGUUAUUAUACCGUAACCAUAUGCAGAUAACUCUGAACAAAUCGCUCAUCCUCGUCGACGCUGUGUAGGAAGUUCCAUCAUCGUCAACUCCUUUGGA